CUCCCACGGACGCGGCAGCGAAGCCGGGAGCCUUCGGUUCUAGACCCCAAGGGAGGAGCGGGGAGAACCGGUGCGCUGGCGCCGGGCGGUCGCCGCCUGCGAGGCGAGGAGCCGCCGCUGCCCUCGGGGCGGCAGGGCGGGGAAGCUCCCGGGCAGCACCUCAGGGCGCGGCUCUCCCGCCUGGGUGCUGCCGGUCCGGGGGCGCGGAGGCGGGGAAGGGGAGCGCCUCUGCCGUCACCGACACUCGCGGCUCUCUCGCCUCGCCGCCGCGGCAGCCCCAGCCCCGCUCCCACCCCCUCGCCUGCCCCCACCCUCCUUGCCUGCCUCUCGGCGAGAGCAGUGUGUGCGUCCCUUCGCAGAUGGCAGCCGGCAGCGCCAUGCAGCUUCCCGUUCCUCCUCCUCUCCCUCCUCUCCGGCUCUAAGUUAAUGCCAUGCUGCCGCUGCUCCUUCCGGCACUGCUGGCCGCCUGCCUGCCGCCCUGCCAGGGCUGGAGCACCUCGGAGUCUGCCGGCGGGCAGGAGGAGCAGGAGCAAGAGCUCUUCUUGCCCCCUGUCAACUCCUCCUCCCGCUCCUUGGCCAGCCUCGAGAUGGACCUCGACGGGGCUGUCGACGGGGCUGUAAGCAAGGAGGAAGGCAGCACCUCCAUCCCCGGCACACCGGCCGCCCCUAGCCAAGAGCCUUUCUCUUCUGCUCCCACCUCCUCCGGGCAGCAGCAGGAACAGCAGCAGCAGCAACAGCAGCAGCGUCCACAGCCGCAGCCCUCCGAGGACCCUCACUGCAAUAUCAGCGUGCAGCGGCAGAUGCUGAGCUCGCUGCUGGUGCGCUGGAGCCGCCCGUUGGGUAUCCAGUGCGACCUCCUGCUCUUCUCCACCAACAGCCACGGGCGGGCUUUCUUCUCCGCCGCCUUCCACCGCGUGGGGCCGCCGCUGCUCAUCGAGCACCUGGGGCUAGCUGCCGGCGGUGCCCAGCAAGACCUGCGCCUCUGCGUGGGCUGCAGCUGGGUGCGGGGCCGGCGGGUCGGCCGCCUGCGGGGCACCGCGUCCCAACCCGCCGCCGCUGCCUCUUCCUCCUCCUCCUCCUCCUCCUCCUCGCUUUCCUACCCGCCGGCGGCGGAGCCCGGCCAGUACUGGCUGCAAGGGGAACCGCUGAAUUUCUGCUGCCUGGAUUUCAGCCUGGAGGAGCUGAAGGGGGAGCCGGGCUGGCGGAUGAACCGCAAGCCCAUCGAGUCUACCUUGGUGGCUUGUUUCAUGACUCUGGUCAUCAUCGUGUGGAGCGUGGCCGCCCUCAUCUGGCCGGUGCCCAUCAUCGCCGGCUUCCUGCCCAACGGCAUGGAGCAGCGCCGCGGCGGCGCCGCCACCGCCGCCGCCACCGCCGCCGCCACUAAGUAGCUUCUGCCGGUGGUCCUCCCUUCUCUUCGUCGUGUUGGUGUGAGGGGACGCGGCGUAGCCGCCUCCCGCCCGCCCGGACUCUGUCGUGGUGGUGGUUAUCCCCUGUUUAAAGCGCGGGUGCGCGGCGGGACGGCGGCGGCCCGGGAGAGGGGCCGGGGGGCGCGGGAGGGGGCUGCAGGCUCCGGCCCGCCCCGAGAGCCUGGCCCGCGACUGCCGGAGACGACCAAAAACCUGUGUGCUCCUUUUAUAUCUUUAAUAUCCGUUUUAAACGAACGCUUUCCUAAACAAGAGGCAAACAAAAACCAACCCACAGAAAGAAAAAGCCUCCCCCGCCCGGACUGGACGCAGGCAGGCAGAGACCCUGCCACCCAGCCGCCUUUGUGGUAGUCCAAGGAGCAGCUUUUUUGUCUAUGAAUGCAGUUUGAGCGGUCCUCUUUUUCAUGUUCUUUAUAGAAAGGGCCGUUUCUGUUUGGCAGAAUCGGGAAGUGAUGGAGCCUGUGUGUUGUUCUUGCCGGAGCUGAACUUUAUGGAACCUCUCCCGUUGUAUUUCCCAGCUGAGAUCGUGUGUUUAUUACUGUAGCUCUGUGCUAUUUGGCUUUUAAUACAGAGGUUUUCUUUUUGGA